UCCCCGCCCGCCCCUCGCGGGAGCCCCGGCGGGUCCUUCCCCGCCCGCCCCCGCCGCCCCGGCCUUCUCUAGGCCUCGCCGUCCCUCGGGCCGCCCCCUGAGAGCGGAGGAUGAUGAAGCUCAAGUCCAACCAGACGCGCACCUACGACGGGGAUGGCUACAAGAAGCGGGCGGCCUGCCUGUGCUUCCGCAGCGAGAGCGAGGAGGAGGUGCUGCUGGUGAGCAGCAGUCGUCAUCCUGAUCGAUGGAUCGUCCCUGGGGGUGGCAUGGAGCCCGAGGAGGAGCCCAACGUGGCUGCUGUGCGAGAAGUCUGCGAAGAGGCCGGAGUGAAAGGGACGUUAGGAAGAUUAGUGGGAAUUUUUGAGAAUCGGGACAGGAAACACAGGACAUAUGUUUACGUACUUAUUGUCACAGAAGUGUUGGAAGACUGGGAGGACUCUGUCAAUAUUGGAAGGAAAAGGGAAUGGUUUAAGAUAGAAGAUGCCAUAAAAGUUCUGCAGUAUCAUAAACCGGUGCAGGCCUCGUAUUUUGAAACCUUGAGGCAAGGCUGCUUGGCCAACAACGGCACUCCAGUCAUGACCACGACGUACUCUGAGGGCUCUGUGUCUGACAUCAGAUGACUGAGGGCAUCCCCAUGAGAGAGAUUUUGAAAAACAGACUGAACCAUGGAUUUCCCUCCCCCUUCCCCUUUUUCACAUGUCUCCUCUAUCAAACAAGGCAUGGGCAGCAGCCUGUGGCAGAGCAAGUGUUAAGAGUGCUGCAAUUUAGUGCAAGGUGGGAUUUUUUUUGUUGUUGUUGGCUUUUUUUUUUUUUUUUUUGCUUUUUUUGGAUAUGUAUUUUGUAAAAUACAUUUUGUGCAUGAAGUGCCCCUUUCCCGUUACACCGCUUCCAUUGCCUGGCGAGCGAGGCUGCCAGUUUUGCCUCUGCCUUGUGUUCUGAAGUGUCCCAUUUGUGUCAUCCCAGCCAUAGCCACUUUUUUUUUUUUUAAUUAAAAGACUUCAAAUGUGAGAUCAGCUCUUCAAGUCUUAGUCUGUACUGUAAGGUGCUGUUUGGACCUGUGUGACGGUCACUUUCAGCACAUAUGUAUAAACAACAUUUUUUUUUUUUUUAGAUGGAGAAUCUAACGUUUUAAUUUUGUGGGAAUUUUUUUUUUUUCUUUUAAUCCUGGUCUGCUUCUGAAAAGAAGGGUUCAUAAUUAAUCUGUUUGCCUUUUGUUCUGUUUUUUUUUUUUUUUUCCUCCUAAAAAAUACACGUUCUGUGACAGUGCUAGUGGCUGGGCCAGUUUACUCCCCAUUCAGCAUCUCCCCAUUUGGUGCAGUGACUCUUGAAGUUGAGGGCAGAGUUUUGAUCACCUACAGACAUCCCUGCUGCUCAGUCGCUUCUCCUGCAGCUUCCGCCGACGUUUCUGCUUUCACAUCAAAAUGAAACGAAGGGAGUUGGUCUUUUAACGCUUGGCCAAAAAUAAAUAGCCUCAGAAACGCUACGGUAGGAAACAAAUUUCGCUGUCUGUGGUAGGAAGUGGGGAUUCAGAGGGGGCUCAAAGUCUGACAAACUGGAGCGUCAAUCACCAACGCUGUUCUGCUGAUCCUGCUGCAUUCUGCUGAUGUCUCUUCUUGUCCACAUGCCUUAUACCGUGCUGAACUGGAUAUCGUAAUUUGUGCUAAAGCAUCGGAUUGUACUUACUGAGCGUUACUGCGCGAACCCUUGGCUGGAUAACCGUGUAUAUCCCUGAGAAGAAGUCCAGGGGGAAAAAUUCAGGUGUUCAAUCUCUUGUCCUGUGGUUCUGCAGCACUUAACAGUUGCACCAUGGAGCACGUUCAGAAUGUUUAAGCUCUCCCUCCAUGAAAGGUACAGCUGACUCCCGAGCAGAAUUGCUAGUUGGAGAAGUACGCCGUUCAAUAGGAUAGCUUCCCUGAUGCGUUGGCACACUUCACUUUUUUUUUUUUUUUGGUUCUGUUUUUAUUGAUGUAAGUUUCAUGCUGUCUUGAUUUGCCUACAGUGUUGUCUAGUUGGGAAAUAAAAUGGGGAGGGUUGGGGCUGGGGGGUGGGUUGGGACAGGUACAAGUUUUGGGAGGGGCAUUAAUUAAUCCCUGGCUUGGGACAAGAAGUAGUUGCUGAGUUCAGUAACUUCUCUUUUGUCAGAACAUAGCCAAGAUGUGAAAUUAAAUCUGCAGUACUCUUUUUUUUUUUUUUCCUCUUUAUUUAACAAGAAAAUAUUCUAAUAAAUACUCACUGUUCAGAGUUUUCUCUCUUCCCAAGAAGCACUUAACAUAUGAAAAUCUGAUAGAAAUAUCCAUGGAGCUCGGGACAGGGGGGAAUGGUAUCCUUGCUGGUUUGGCAAGAAGCUGUUCAUUUUCAGAUCCUAUUCUGUUCCUGUACUUGUUCUCCCUGCUUUCAUCGAUGUGGGGUAGCCAGGCCAAAAGCAGUGCCAGUGAUUGCUAACAUGAAAAACCAUGCAUAAGAAAAAGCUGAGAGGCGUUAUUCAAGGAGUAGCUUGAAACCGAGCGCCUGGAAUCGAGCCUAAAUUACACCAGUUCAGUUCACUUCAACUUAGAGACAAAUGUACAAUACUUUCCUACUCUCUGCUGAUCGGCCUGAACCAAACUCUCACAAGGGCUUGAAUCUUGUCUUUGGAAAUGUACAAGGAUUCCAGCAGUCCGCUGUUACCGAGCCCUGAGUGGCACCUAACGCAGCCAUCUACUGCCUUCAAUGGAGUUUUUGUCUUACUGUACAGAUCAGUAUGUGGAGAAUGCUUUGCAACAAAACAGCUGGUACUCCUGAAAGAGUAAUUGCAGUUUUAAUAUCAAGAGCAUGCACAUUUUUUUUUUUUGUUUUUAAACUAAAAAUGUUUUUACAGGGCUGUUAAACUGACAAUUUAGGGUAGAAUAUUGUUAAUGACUUGCUAAUGGCUUAUUUGUUUGGGUCAGAAAAAUAAAUUGUGCCAAGAAAGUGUUCUAAUGUGGCAUGAAUUGAUGCUGUUAACACAGUAACAUCGAGUGGCUGAUACUAUGCCUUCUGAACUGGAAAUAGCUCCUGGGGCAGAAAUAGUUUUUAUUCAACAGAUGUGGAUUUGGAAACAGAACUUAGUCCUGUUCCACCUACAAAUUCCCGUCUUCCUCAGCAUCUGAGGUCUUCUGUAGUAAGUGGUAGAGCUGCAUGCUAGGGCGAUUCUGCCUAAAUUGUGCUAAAUUGGUUUGGGACCGACAAUCGAACUACCUUGCUCGGUGAGUUUUGGAAGAGCUGUUUUGGAGAUGGCACGCUCCCUGGGUUUGGAGUGGAGGUGGUGGAACUGUGCAGGGUUGGUAGUGUGAGCACUGCUAGAAACCCCCCCCAUGCGACCUGUAGGAUGGGACUGAGGCUUCCAGCCUUGCUAGAACUGGUGCUAUUUUGAGCUAGUGGAAUUCUUACCUCGAACUAUGUCGUGUCUGGACUGACCCCUUAAGCCUAGCAUUAUAAACCUGUCAUUACAACGUGUCUCAGCUUCCUGUUCAAGAGUAAUAUUCUUUGGCUUUCUGCGUAGCUUUGGAUGUUUGGCACUGGUGUAGCUGUAGGUGUUUUCUAACAAAAGCAGGGGAAUAGCGAUGCUUCAUUUGGACAACCUGCAAGUUAGCUGCAAAUUCAUCAAGUCACCCCGAAGUCGCAGGAUUCACGCACUCAGUGUGCUGAAAGCAGUGCUUAGGUAAAUGCCAGACCUGUUGGUGAUGCACCAGCUUCAGCUCAGAGUGGCUCUAUCCCUUAGCACCCCUUUGAACCCAGGGGGCUGCUGGAAGUGAAGCUUCCAGUGUCCUCUGCAACUUCUUCACCACGAUAUUCCUUUCUCCCUCGUUGCUUUUUGUGCUGUACGUAUGCAUUGUGCACACAGGGAUGCUUUGCACACUGAGAAACGAGUCUGCCUGCAGCAAGGAAGAGGGGAGAGAGUGACCGAAAUGCCUGGCUCUUGGGAUGCCUCAGUACUGGGGUGCUCUGUGCCCUGAGUGGCACCUCAGGGAUGCAAGGUCAGUGAUGCUGUGGCAGGAAUGGGGAGAUGUGCUGUGUAGCAUAGAGGGCUUCUCUCUGCGAGCAGUUCCCACUCUUCGGCAUCGAGUCACUUCCUCUGGUCUUGUCAGAAUUAAAUCCUGGUGUCAGGGACUUGCAUGCUGCCAUCUGCAUUUAGAGAUGUAUUCGGGGCCUUAAUGGAGAAGGGAAGUGCAUUUGGCACUUAGACAGACACCGCUGCUUAGCGUGAUUAUCCCUUAAACCCCAAACACUGACACAACCCCGGCUCAUCUGACGGAGCGGCCUGGAUUACUGCUGCAGCAGCAGCAUGCAGGCUGCUGGGCUAAGCCAAUUCUGUUCUGUGGACUCCAACAUUGGAGCAGGACAAAAAGGAGGAUGCCCCCGGGCAGGUAACACCUUCCAGUACUGCUUGGUUCUUCCAGCAGGUGCUGGUCAGGCCGGGUGCUGCUCUAAUGACUUUACCUGAGGCUUAACACUCCAGAGGAAGUGGAUGUCCCUGCGUGGAGGAGUUCCAAAUGUAAUUAAACUCAGCGGGAUUGAAAUUGCCCCGCUGUCGACCUAUAGGAAACCUCUCCGAUGGGGUUUUGGUUUGGUGGGAGAGUAAUUUCUGUGCACAGAUCAACGGCGGUUUGGAAGCGGUGUGGUAGAAAAUGUACAGUGUGAUACUUCUGGAGUUGUUCCUGUGAAACAAUUUCUUGGUUUCGGAUUCAGCUGAGCUCCGUAGCUCCUUCCAAGGGCGCGUUUAAAAGGAAUGAACUAUUUCAAUUAAAAAUAACACGUAUCAUUCUCCAUGGAGAAGCCUCACCAAAUGGAACGUGGUAGGUGUGCCCCAUGGCUGUGGCUGCUGCUGUGUGUGAGAGGCUCAGGGCAAUUGCAACGACCCCAGAGGGUGAGAUGCUGCCCUUGGAAGUGGCCAGGAAGGGGUUAAGUGAGGGUGGUUCUCCAUUGUUCUUCAAAACUGGCAUUCAGUGCAUUCAGUGCUGCUGGAGUGCUUCUGGUUGCUUCACAGAGAUGGAUUGUUGGAUUUCACACAAUGGUUCAUUGGCAGCGGGGAAGCUCGGUGCUAGAAGAAGGCAGGGAGGCUUGCACCUCCUCUGUGUGGUGGUGGUGUCCUUAGCAGGGCUGUUCUGUGCUGUCCUGUGGGCAGCUGGAGCUCAGCGAUGCUGUGCUGCUUUCCUUGGCGUUGCAGCAGCUUCCAAGCGGGGAUGCUUGCCAUUUGCCACGCUGGGCACGUGGCCUGGUUGAGUUGCUCUCAACUUUGCAGGCUAAAAAAAUGUUGUUUGGGUCACCUUUAGCAAAAAGACUGAUGAGAGUUCUGCUGGUCAGCUAACUUGCUUCGUUUAAUGCUUUUAAACAGAGCUGAAGCCGUAGGCUGGCAUUACUGAUAAACUGUUCACCAGGAGCUAAUUAAAACCUGAUAGGAGGAGGGAUAGAACAUGGCCUUUAGUGCAGGGUACUUGGUUAUGGGUCUCUUACAGCUGCUGCUGGGGUCAGCUGGGAGGGAGAGCACCUGGCUCCUUACAGCUUUGCUCUUCCUGUCCCCCAUCCCUUGCUCCUGCACCACGAGUUGAAGAUGCAGGAAGAACUCGGGAGUGUCCGUGGGUUCUCUUGAUAGAAAACGUGCUGGGAUUUAAGCAAGCAGUUCUGUGCGCUCUGAGAAAGGAUCAGAUACACAGAAAUGGAGCUGUCAGGGCUGUCCUCGGAUAAAAUCUCUGCACUUGCUUUGCAAUAGAACGGUGGCACAGGCAGGUGACUGCAUCUGCUGUCUUUGGGCUUUUUUAUUUCAAGACACGCUUUGGGAUCUGCUCCAUCUGCGGGACAUGGUUCCUUCUGACGUUGGUUUGAUUCCAGCUCAGCAGCGGAGCUGUGUUCUCUAUCAGCAGAAGGGAAGUGCUGCGUGGUGCUGGGUGGGCAUGGAGCUGUGCAGCCAGCACCUGCUGCAGUGCCUGCGUUCCCCCCGCUGCAGGGGAAGGCAAGAGGAAAGGAGUGGUGACCAUUACCACCAGCUUUCCUGUUAGAAGCGCACUGUGGGCUCUUUGCAGCGAGGUUUCUGCUGAGCAAGAGGGCAGUUCCAUUCAGCACGAUCUUGAAUGUGCCUUCAAGCAAACUGUGAACUGAAAAAAUGAAAAGGAGUUGGAAUCUGCUGGAGCGCGGCUUUUCCUCUAGCGCAGACCCAAAGCAUUCAGGGGCUAAAAAUGUGGGUAGGGAAUGUCAGGAAUCCUCAGUUCCCAGUUCUGCUCUUGCUCUCCCCGCUCAGUGGCACAGCAGCAUCUAGUGGCUGUGUGCAGGCUUUGGGCCGCAGGUGACCCCGCUGCUGCUGCGCUCCCAUCUUGUCUGGCUGCAGCACGUGCACGUUCUCCUUUCUGCCGCUGCUGGGAUGAGCUUGAAGGCAGCUCGGGCUCUGGUGGUGGGAAGUGGGGGGUGGAAAGGUGCCGUGGCUGCGCUGUCCUGAGGUCUGUACAUAGGUAAGAAAGGUGGAGGUGGGUGAAAAGGAACCCUGAGCUGGCUUGAAGAUUUUCGGGGUUUUAUCAAGUCUCUUCUUGGUGCUCGGGGGUUGUGAAUUGUUUGUGUUUUUCUCGGGGGGAAUGGAAAAUUUUGAAGUUCUACUUGAGAAAUUGGCUCGGAAAUGAAUCUCGGGAGGUCCAAGAGUGUUUGCUGAACGUCUUGUGUGUCCUAUUCUGUAUUUAUUGAGUCGGAAGGUUUGGAACCAUCACUUUGUGUUUCUGCUUGGUCUUCUCCUGCGCUCUGCACCCAACGCUCGCUGGCAGCAGCGCUCAGCAGGAGCCCAGGCCGUGGCAGUGGGAUAAAUACCCAGGGAACGCGACGGCACCGGCUGGAUGGCAGUAAGUGUGGGCACAGCUGCCAGCCUGUUCCAUUGCCUCUAACCACGCUGCCCACUGUCGCCCAGCUCCCAGCCUCUCUGUUCCCAUUGGGGAUGAGGUUUAAACGCUGCAGAUGUUUCCAGCUCAUUCAGGGCUCUGGGCCUGGGAUGGGGCCGCACAAUCGUGGUGGCAGAGUGCGGUCAGCAUCACUCCAGGUGCUCCUGCUCCGUGCAGAUCCAUGCUUUCAGCUGGGAGGUGCCAGUGUCCGGCUGUUGGCUUCAGGUGCACGUGUCAGACCGAUGCAGGGAGCAAAGUUACAAGAACUGAAAGCAGCCUGAGGUCUCCAGUGAAUCAUCAGCACUCCAUUUGCCAUGAAGUCCAGGUGGAUUUGGAUAUUUAAUUCCCCUCAUCCGUUGUGUUUUUCUCACUGCGGGGUUUUGUUCCUCACUCCUGUGCUUUGUGUUUCUAGUUUUUCCGGUAAAGUUAAUGUUAUUUUAUGAUAUAUUAAGUUAAAACGGUUUUGCAAAAACACUUUACGACUGCAAGGGCACUUUGGAAAUCCUGCAUUUCUCUUUCUUACUGACUUGGACUCGUUCUUAUCAUCAUGAAAAUUCCUGCUAGGUUUUCCUAGGGGGUCAGCUCUUAGUUGGAGCCUACAAAUAACACAGGUGUCCUCCUUCGCUCCUGCUCGGUGCUGGCUGGCAAGGUUAGCAUCCACCUACGUGAUUUUGAUCUUUGCACCUGCAGAGUUUUGAGGGAGAGCAGCCAUCUCCCUGCACCCCUCGCUCCGCUCUGGUGUCGGUGCCAGCCCUGCGCUUCUUUCGGGCUGAGCUGGGGGCUGGGUGCUGGCCCCGUCCAGCUGUGCCAUGCGCAGCAGCUCGGAGCAUCCCAGCACCACUCCCCGAAGGUGUGUGCUGGGGAGGUCACCGCCGACUCGAGAAGAAAAAGAUGGUAAUUAAAAACAAACAAACGAAACACGGAGCAAAAACCUGGAUGGGAGUUGGGCAAGCGCGUAGGCUGUAACCCAGUGCCAACCAAUAAACACGCCGGUGUUUCACA